CACAGGUGUCUGCGGCGCACGUCGGCGGGUGGUUUAUGUAAAUAAAACAGAAGUGAAACCGGGUCGUUCUGCUCUGGUUUUCCAGGCGCAACACACUCAAACACAAUGUUCAGCAGAUAGCUGAGUAAAGAGUUUGGAUUUCACACAGAGGUGGCAGCUGCGCACUCAUGCCUCAGCUUAACGCCGCCGCCGCGCUGCAGAUCGCGUUGCUGCUCUCAGCGGUGCCCGCGCAGUACUUCAUAUCCAGGUGGUGCGGCUCCUCGGUGGCGCAGCGUUACCACGCGACCACACGAUUGCUUCGCAUAUGGAAGGACUGGAGAAUGUCAUACCUCAAUGGCACUGCAUGGAUGGACUGGACAAACCAACUGUUGUCCAAAGUCAAGUCUCUGGUUGGUUUGGGACAGGAAGGUCAAACAGACGUAGUGACACCCCCCAUAGAGACCAUGCUUUAUGACAACGACGAGGGAUUUUUUGGAGCCUCCAAAAUGGUCCGCAGCCCUCGUCCCCCUUUUGUCUUCCUGCGUGUCGGUGAAGUGGUGAUGGAGAGAAAGGGCCACAUGGUGGGGGUUGUGGUGAGUUGGGACCCUGAAAUGCGAGCUCCUCAGGAAUGGGUCAACAGAGUGUAUUCUAGCUCAGAGGACAUGAAAGCAGAGAAGACGCCACAUUACAAGGUGCUCUUCAGCGGACCUGGACCCUCUUCUCUGAUGGUUGCAUACUUACCUCAAACGCAACUGGAGCGCAUCACUGGGAUGAGGCCAGACAUUCCUACCCUGGAGAAUUACUUCACACAUUUUGAUGGGACACGGUUCGUCAUGCAGCCAUGGCUCAGAGAGCUCUUCCCAGAGGACGAGGAUGAGGAGACUUGACCGCUCAAUCAGACCAACCCAGACUCAAGAGACUUAUUUUAUCUUCUUCCUGAGGCUACUUUCAGGUUGCAGUGAAUGGAUACAAAACACCCCUUCCUCAGGCAUGGUUUUUGACCACCUCAAGUGCCAAUGCUUGUGUAGAUCAGGGAAAAUACUGAAAACCUUUACGGGACUCGUUUUGAGAAUGUAAAUUGGGGAUUUGGUGCCCAGUAAAUUAGACAAACAAAUAAAUGUGAUUAAGCUCACCACUUAUCACAUUAUAAUCAUGAAUGUGCAAAAUAAACAGUUUUUCAUUUAUCGUGUGGAGAUAAUUUAAAUAUUUGAAGCUUUCAAGAUGCUUGAAAUAUCUUUUCAUUUAUAGGACCUAUAGAUUCAGUAAAGAGAAAAUUUUGCACUUUUAUUCAAGCAUUUCCACAGUGAAAUAAAGUGUUGAACACAAUAAAAUCCACUGUCUGCUUUCAA